UUUUUAGCGAUUUAAAGAUAUUUUCUUUUCAAAUCAUACUUUUCUAGAAACCUUCUAUGACUUCUGUCCUCCUUUUUUUUUGAAUUUUGUGUUUUCAGCUUUAGGAAGUUCUUGGCUGAGCACGGAUGAGGAAUCUUAGGUGAACGAAAAGUGUCAACGCAGUAACUCUCAGAAGAGUCAAGAAGUCAUCAUUUGAACUGGUUCACAAUAAAAACUUUUAAAGUGAUUGUGAAGCUAUAGGUGGAGCUCACCUACCUCCCAGAAAGACCGUUUUACCCUUUGCUCAUAUUCUCAAAUCAGCCUCCCUCGCUCGUUUUGGAAGUAGUGUGGGCAGUGGAUGAUCAACAGGGUGGCAGCACCAGAAGUAAACAUUCUGGAGACAUGAACUUUAAGCUGCAUUUUGAAUAAACUAGUAGCAUAGCCUUACCUCUGGGGUAAAGUUAGUCUUUCACCAGUAAGUGGUGGGAUUAUCGUAGCCGCUCCUAGCGCCGGAGGUUUGGCAUCUGCACCCUUAUGUGCCAGUGAGUGGGAAAUGUUCCAAUUUGGAAAAUACAAUCUGGACAUUAUAGAGAUGUUAAGUGGGCACCAGGCCCACCAGUUCAAAGGCCUUGGUUUAGACCGACAGCUACAGCAUCAGCAGCAAGUGCAACUUCACCAGCAUCAACUUCAGCAACAGCAGCAGCAGCAAGUUGAGUCUUCUGGAGCUCUUCUGUCUGGACUUGGCUUGGGCCCCCUGCAGGGGUCUAGAGGUAACGCCUUUUCUGAUUCUGCCUCCAUUUUUGCCAAGAUGAGUGCCCCUCCUCCCCCACCUUUACAACAGCAGCCUUCCUCGUCUCAGACCUCUCGUUCAAAGUCAAGCAAGAUGAGCAGCGGCAGCUCAAGCCAUUCUUCGGGCUACCCACAGUUCCUGCGCUCUUUCCACCCGCCUGAGGCAGCACUAGCACAGGAGCAGUUACACCCAAGUGUAGGCCGCUUUGAGCACUUUACUGGGGGGAGUAGCAGUAGUGGGAGUGCUGGGGGAUUAGGAGGAUUAGUGACAUCAGCACCUCCACCCCCUCCUCUACAUCCUGGCCUCUCUGUCCCCCAGGCAUCACCUGGCCCCUCUUCCUCUCCUUCCCCAUCCACCUCUGUGGCCACCUCUAAUAAUCCUUCUAGCAGUAGUGCAGUCAGCUCUUUGGGACACCAGUUGGUUGGGGCCCAGUCUGAUGCACGGAGCCUUCACCAACAAUUUAGUUGCAUGUUAGCUGCUAAUCAGUAUUUUCUUUCUGGGGUGCCUGCUAAUGCUAGUUUAGAGCAAUUCCUUGUUCAACAGGGAACCCAUAACCACUUAGGUAUCGGUUUAAGCCAAACAGGUGGGGAGCCGAGUACUAGUCUUGCUCCUCCUCCAGCUUUGCAUUCUUCUCAUUCACACGGCCACUCCACUCCUCAACCUCAGCAGGCUGCUCAGCAGCCUUCCCAGCAGCAGCAACUUCCACCCCACUCCCUUUCUCAUGCCCACUCUCAUUCUCAUCCUCACCACCCCCUCCAUCCAGGUCCCCAGGCAUCAUCACUGGGUAGCUUUGACUUCCAGGGUAUUCCUGUACUUUCAUCUAACCAGCUAGCUUCUCUGAUGCAGCAGGAAGCAGGUUUACCUCUCCCAUUGCCACUUCAUUUAUCCCUAUCUAAGGAUGAUGGUAAAGGGGAAAGCAGCGGAGGUGGAAGUAGCAACAGUACUAGCGGUAGUAGAAGGAAAAAAGCCAUGGCGGGCUAUUUGCCACAAAGGAAGUCUGAAAACACUAGUAAUACCAGUAGUGGCCACGGUCACGGUAAUCCUAGCACCAGUAGUAGUAAUGGAGGGCUUGGUCAUAGCCAACCUCCAGCUGUAAUUGGUAGUGUGGUUGGUAUGACCAAUAUGGGUGGAGACCCAUCAUCCCUUCUAGUCUCAUCAUCUUCAUCCUCAUCAGUAGUGUCUUCUUCCUCCUCCUCUGCACCCUCUUCCACUGCUGCCUCAGUACUGGUUACAAUUGAUUCUCAGCUUUCUAAAUCUGAUAACCAGAGCUCAAUGCAACCCAACGCAACAGAGUCCGAUACAGAACCCGUUUAUAGCUGUGGAGAUUGUGGCAAAAGCUUCCCUCACCUUUCAAGCCUUCGCAGGCAUAUGCGCAUGCAUGAGCCAACCGCAGCAGGUACUAGCAAUACAGCCAAUACAGCCCCAAACCCCAUUUUCAUUAAAGCACAGUCUGACCCAAGCCUUCCCCAUUCGACCCAAGAAACUCCACAACCCUCUUCAAAUUCUUGUCCCAGCCCAGACAAAAUAUUUCAUUGUCCUGAUUGUGGCAAAGCCUUUAAGAAAAAAGGGCACCUCCUGCAACAUGGUGUUUUACACUCUUCAGCUCGCCCGUAUGGCUGCUCCACCUGCUCUCGGGCUUUUAAUCGUAGGGAGUCACUGACACGCCAUGAGAAGAUUCAUGAGGAAAAGCCAUUUCGAUGUCCUGCCUGUGGUCGUGCCUUUCGCGAGAGCACCUCCCUACUCAACCAUGCUGCCUCAGGCACCUGUGGCAAGCCAGGUAGGGGACCCAAACAACGGGGCAGCAAGACAGGAACUGAUGGUGAGGACAGAGUCGGGGGAGGGAGUGGAGGAGGGGGAACUUAUCAGAGCAAUAGAGGGGUUCAUUUUGGGAAAACUGAGGAAGAAGAUGGUGUAAUCAUUGUGGGUGAAGGAGAACCUAAAUCAGGUUUAGGAUGUGAUGGUCUUUUUCAGUCUGAAAGGGGAGGGAAUUCAAAUGACAGGGACAGAACAGAUGGUAAAUACCCAACUGACUACUCUCGGAAUCGUUACACAGGCUACCAUGAUGACCACCGUUCUCAAGGUAAUCCAUCUCCAUGCUACUCUGGUGCCUCCCCUUGUGGAAGUGGGAUGGCGGGCCCAGCUCUGAGAAAGGCACCCUUGGCCCCAACACUGCAUCCUCACUCACAGAACCACAACCAGCACCAUCAUCCGCAGCAGCAGCCCCAUCUGCCCCUUUCUUCUCUACUGGAUGAUUCAGAGGAUGAUGUCACUAGCUCUGUCAAUAAUGCAAUCUCUGCUAUAACAGCAGCUAGCAACAGUGGAAAUAGAGGGGAUGAUAGGGGAGACAUCAUAGGAGGUCUGCUAGGUGGUCUUGGUUUAGGACCUUUGGGCUCACCUUCUUCCACAUCUGGGAUGGAUAAGAAUUUCAGAAGUGGUGGAAGCCAGGAGGCUUUGAACAGCAACACACAGAAUCCUACAACAAAACCAAAACGUCCUCGCAAACCAAGAGCAAAAAAAGAUCCUGCAGCUGGUGGUCAGCCCCCCAAACGCAGGCAAUGCACCCCCAGAUUGGGGCCCAGUGGGCUUCCCCGUACUCACCUUUGCAGUGUGUGUGGGAAGGGAUUUGCACGCCGUGAGACCCUUCGCAGACACGACCGCAUCCACACUGGAGAAAAGCCUCAUCACUGCGCCAUAUGUGGCAAGUAUUUUAGAGAAGCGUUUCAUCUCAGCAAGCAUCAAACAGUCCACUCCGGGGCAAAGAAUUACAAAUGCACCAUUUGUGGCAAAGAGUUUGGCUACUCCCAGAGUCUCAGGAGGCAUAACAAACUCCACCAGAAAGGGGAGCUGGUCGAGGUGCCCACAACACCAGCUCCAGAGAGCCUGAGCAGCUUUAACCCAAAUCCUCAAUGUAGCAUUACACAAGACAGGAGCCAGAACCAAGCACCAAGCACCUCCUCCUACUACCCCUACUCUCAAGACGUAAAGCCUCAAGACAACAAUCCUCCGCAACAACCCCCACCCCAAUCCCAACCACAGCCUCGACUGUACACCUGUGCUAUAUGUUGGAAGUCUUACCGUCAUCAUUUCCAACUCACUGCCCAUCACCAGAUGGUUCAUGAAGGUGGGAGUGACAAGUUUUUUUCUUGCGAGGUGUGCGGAAAGCAGUUUGCCUAUGCUAAUAGCCUCACUCGACACAGGCAAUCUCAGCAUGGGAUUACCCGUACUGAACAGUCAAACCCGCAAGAUGGCAACAGUGGGUCUGGGGAAAACAGAGGUGGGAGUGAUGUCAAUCAGUCAGCAUCUGAAAGUGAGGCUGCUACUAAUGCCCUGCUUCAGAUGGCUCCAUCCACUGACAGCCACGGAGGGCAGGGUCUUAGUGUGGUCACUCAUAGCCACCAGCAAGCACCCCCGCAACAACCAGUGGGUUACUCCCCUCUCUUUUAUGAUGCUGCAACUGCCCAAUCCUCUACACCUAAUGCCCCGUCCUACUCUCAGCCUCUACCUCCCAACUCUACAAUCAUGCCCCCACAGCAUCCACAUUCCCCGGCCGGGGUGAAAGGAGAGCACAUUUACCCAGCUGGAUCACGUAGCCGCACGCUUCACACCACAGCGCCGUUCCAGCCACUCACGGAACUGCCCUCCACCGAACAUCACCAUCUGCAUCACCACCACCAUCAUCAUCACUCCCACCAUCAUUCCCUUCAUCAGUCAGACACCCAGUCGCACCAACCCUUUGACUGUGACAUCCCGUUAUCCCACGAGGAAAUGAGACGGCACAAGAAGAAAAAAAAAAAGUCCGACAAGAAAGAAUGGAAAGAAAGUAAAUGUGCUUCCCACGAUUUAGUCAAAUUUGAUGGUGUCAAAAAGAAGAAAAAGAUAAGUUGUACAGUUCGAGGGCAGCUGGUUACAAAACAAGGCUCCCUUCGACUGACCAUUAGGCGAGGAGGAGGAUCAGGUGGUGGUGGGUAUAGGCUUGUAAACACUGGUGGAAUGAAGGUGCAGAUCCUGUCAUCUCUCCAAGUCCCCGUGAAACGUUUCGGAUGUCCCAUAUGCCCCAAUUCUGUGUUUUCCCGUAAAGCUGGACUGCUGAUCCACAUGGCGGUUAAACACCCACAGAAAGCCUUGGGCUAUCAGGAGCGAUUAAGGUGCAAUGUGUGUGGGAAGCAGUCUCAAAGGCCUUUGGCAGCCUUCAUCCAUCGGGCCUCCCAUCGUGCCAGAGGGACUUUCUCCUGCCGCCACUGCUCUGCUCGCUUUUGGAAUGCUACACUCCUUCACAGGCACAAAGUGUCCUGCCGCCGCAGGGCUAAAAGACCGCAGAGAGGAGACGCUACUAAGAUGUGGAAGCUUUCAAAGAGACCUGGAGAAAGACGGACCCACGAGAGUCCUAAGGAGAUGCCCUUCUUUCAGGGAUCUUACAGAUGCUGAUCCUGGCCUUUGAAGUGAGCGGCAUACAAGAGGGAUUCUCUGCUGUAAAACUGAAAAACGAAAGGUUAAAAAAGGGACUUGAAAAGGCACCUGCUGCCGUUAGGAAGUUUUGCCUUGUGUUUCUGUUGCAUCUACUCUGCUGACUAUUAGAAUGAGUGUGUUAACAACUACUGUAGGACAUAUAAAAUAUCGCCUGAGAUUCUUCCAGAUUAUAUUGGAAGGUGUUCAAAGGCGUUUUCAAAGACGUGACUGUUUCCAUAGAAUUAACCCUUAAGUGCAUUGACACUAUGCUUGGCUGACACUGUGCGGUUACCUAGACAAGUUUAGUUGAAAUGACCUGCUAAUGUAUCUUCCCCUCUACAACUAUAACCCCUGCUACACCUCUUGCUGUAUGAUAAAUGUCUCCGCUGUGUACUUUGUCUUGUUGAUGUUCACUUAGAGGCUCUGAGGGUUUUAGUUGUAUUAUUUUUUUGUAAAGUGCAUUUAUUAAGAGUAGGGAUAUGGGGACAAAGACCUUUUGUUGAUAGUUUGUCAAUGCAUGUUUAUUCUCUGGUCAAGUUUUUUCCUGAGGUUGUGAGAUCACUCCUACAGUACGUGAUGGUUUUAUUCAGUAUACCCCCCCAGGCGUUUGUAGUGUAAACUUGAUUUGAAAGUUGCUCUAUUAUUCCCUAGUGAUUUAAUCACGUAUAAAUUAAAUGUCAGUUUCUGGUAAUUAGCGUUACACGGAUCCCUCUCCUGCCAAAUGAAUUCUACAGAAAAGCCUUGUGUGUGAUGUUCAGUUGACCUCCUUUUGUUUGAGAUGCUCUUCGCUUUUAUACUACAAGCCUAAAACUUGGUGAACUAAUUGACUGUAACAUAUUUAUCUCAUGUUAUUCGUGGGUUCUUUUUAGCAGUACUUAUUUCUACCGUACUUCAGUGUGUUGCAGACGAGGACCUACCAUGAUAGAAAUGUAACAUUACAUGUAUUUGUGUGUAACUCAAUCAGCCUUCCGUAAACAUUUGACUUCUUGCUGAGUUGCAAUCUUGUUGUUACCGUCGAGCUUUGUUAUUUUUUCUUUCUCCUAAAGAAAAACGAGUUUAAAACGUGUCACUUAUUCACACAUAUAAUGUCCAUACUCUGUCGUUUUUAAGUUUUCUUCUAAAGAACAAUGAUAGUUUUAGAUUUCUAUCACACUAUUUACUGAAAGUCAGUAGUUGAUUAUAUUUCAGCAACGAAUAAACCAUAAGUGUAAUAA